CAACGAACUACAUUUCCCACAAGCUUUGGGUUCACUUCCGUAUAGACGGGUUGUCUAAGCGGUUGUUACACGGGCACACUUCCUUUCGCUCCGACAUCUUGAAGAGGAAACAUGCCUCCCAAGCAAGACAAGAAAAAGGACACUGGAAAGUCCAAGAAGGACAAGGACCCAGUCAACAAGUCAGGAGGCAAAGCCAAGAAGAAGAAGUGGUCCAAGGGUAAAGUGAGGGAUAAGCUCAAUAACCUGGUCCUCUUCGACAAGGCAACCUACGACAAGUUGUACAAAGAAGUCCCCAACUACAAGCUCAUCACCCCUGCUGUAGUGUCCGAGAGACUGAAGAUCCGUGGUUCUCUGGCAAGGAAUGCCCUCCAAGAGCUGCUGGCUAAAGGCAUGAUCAAGCUGGUGUCAAAACACAGAGCACAGCUCAUCUACACAAGAAACACCAAGGGAGGAGAUGAAGAGGCGGCUGCUGAGAAAGCAUAAGCAGGCUGUCUUGGGAUGGGCCAUUUGUAUAAUGUGGUUAAUAAAAGUUUAAUAAAGGAAA